CAGUGAACUACUAGUUUACUUAAUAACUUAUUUAAUUUAGCUUAUUUAUGCUUAUUUAUCAAAUUUUCAUGUGAAAGUGUGUGUUUAUAAAGAAAUAACUAUAGUACUUGUGCUCUCGAGAAUCAUGAAUUCAGCAAAAAUAGUUUACUUCAAUGUGGACACGCCUGAUUUGCAUGACUAUGAAAUUUUGAAAAUUGCUGCAAAAUUUGACGAAAAAGACGAGGAGUUCAAAAAAUAUAUCACACCGACCAAAAAUAUUAAUCCUGUUGCUUCCGAUGUAAAUGGAUUGACAAUACGUGAAGGGAUCUUGCAUCUCGAUAAUGAACCAGUACCGACGUGCGGUUUAAAAGAGGCCUUAAGUUAUUUCAAGCAAUUUUUGGAAGAAAAUUCAAACGGAUGUUGUGUUUUAGUUGCACAUUGUGUUUCAUUUCACAGCGAUCGCUUGGUUAAAGCCAUUUUAGAUUGUGAUAUGAUACAAAAUUUUGGAAUCAUUGGUGGAUUUUGCGAUAGCUUGGAGCUGUUUAAAAAACGUUACCCUGAAAGGAAAAGUGAAUUCACACUAUACACUCUGGAAGAAGAUUUUCUUGAUACAAAAGAUCAUCCAAAAUCAAAAAAUGAAGUACUGAAGCAACUUUCAAACAAACUCAGAAUUAUCGAUGAUAUUUUGGAAAUGCAAAAAAUGGCUGAUGAGCUAAUAUUAUUGGCACCUCUUAAAUCAGUCGUAACCAUUGAAACACUUCGCAAAAUGUCAAAAAAAGGAUUGACUUAUGAGAUACUUAAAAAAGCUUACGAAGGAAAGGGAGAAGAGGGCCUUGAACAAAUUUUGAAAACUAAAGUAACAAAGGCAAAGCUUACUAUAAACAAUGUUGCGGUGUUUUUUCAAAAACAUGCAAAUGAUGUUUAA